CCAUUCUUUCUUCGUCUUGCUGGCUCUGGCGCGCUAGGGUUUGUCCGAUCCUAUCGCGAGCGGCGAAUUCUGUGCGUCACAGGUAGGCUGCAUUGGCCGGCGCGACGAUGAAAUCCGGAAAUGCGGCGCCGGAAUCGCUCCGGCAGCGCGCCGCGCGAGCGAUCGGCAACGCCUUGUUCGGCCUCUUCGUCGCCGUGGUGCUGCUGCUCACCGUCUUCGCCGUCACGUACCAGCCGCCGGAUCCGUGGCUCGACACCGCCGCCAGCGCCGUCCGGAUGAAGCAGCUCUUCAACAAGGUCGUGGACAACGCCACGUUUCAGACGGCAGGAUCGAUCUUCCUGACUGGCGAGGACGCCCUUGCACCGGCGAAUUCCAGAGCCGGGGGCUCGAUCUCCAUCGAGGACGCCCAGGACGCGGCCGAAAAGGCCCUGGAGGCUACCAGGGGGCUCAAUAAUGGCGGCAAGGAUCGUGGGUGCGUGGAAAGCGACAUUGUUGUGAAUUGCUCGGAUCCGGGGGUGCUAGCCGCGAUCGAGAAGGUCAACUUGGAGAAGUUCCCGGAGAUCGACGCUUUCGAGUACAGAGUCCCCGUCCAGGGAGGGGAUGAGAGGAGCUGCGAUGUGGCGUGGAAGUACCGGCCGAGGAGGGAGAGAUCCAAGAGGAUGUACAGGGACUACCGGCGCUACACUCUAGUGCUGGAGCCCUCUUGCGAGUAUCAAGUGACCGACGUGGGGGACUGGCACUCUGGGAGGAAUGCGCGGCUCCAGAGGUUUCACGGGAUCAAUGCCUUCAACGAUUCCAUCUCGUCUCGUGGCGAUGAUGAUUCUUCGAGCGUCGGAAGGUUCUUGUACUACACUCGAGGAGGGGAUCAUUGCAAGGGGAUGAAGCAAUUCAUGUGGAGCUUCCUCUGCGCGCUCGGAGAAGCUCAGUACUUGAACCGGACGCUGGUUGUCGAUCUGGGCUUUUGUCUCUCGGGGAAGGAUAACUUUCCUGGCCGAGGUGACGAGCCCGGGAAAGACUUGAGGUUCUACAUUGAUUUCGAUCACCUCCGGGAGUCGACCUCGGUGAUCGAGCUCAAGGAAUUCUCCAAGUUGAACAAGAAGCACAAGCUCGGCAAGAUUCGCAAGAGGGUGAUCUCGGACAAUGUGAAAGUGAGUCCGAUGGAGCUCAGGGACGAGACGAGCACGACCGUCGAGAGGAGCUUCCGGGAGAGCAGCGAACCGGACAACUAUUGGUAUCGCGUUUGCGAGGGGGAGACCGAGAAGGUGAUCCAGCGGCCCUGGCAUAUGAUCUGGAAAUCCAAGAGACUCAUGAAUAUCGUCAACACGAUUUGCGGCAAGCUGGAGUGGGACUUCGAUGCCGUACGAGUCGAGAGAGGUGAGAAGGCUGCGAACAGGCAACUUUGGCCUAACCUCGACAAGGAUACCUCGGCCGAGGCGGUGUUGAGCAAGCUCUCGGGAAGGAUUGAUGCUCAACGCUACGUUUACAUAUCGACCAACGAGAGAAGUCCCGGUUUCUUCCACAAGCUGAAGGAGAAGUAUGAAGUGUCGGUGCUGGACGACUACAAGGAUCUCUGGGGGCCUGGCAGCGAGUGGUAUAACGAGACCAUGGCCUUGACGAGGGGAAAGCCGGUGGAGUUCGACGGCUACAUGAGAGACGCCGUGGACUCGGAGAUGUUUCUCAGAGGGAAGAAGCGUAUCGAAACUUUCGGCGAUCUUACCAGCGACUGCAAGGACGGGAUCAACACAUGCUAAGCUGCUGCUGCUGCUGGUUUGAUGGAUUCCAUCUUCGUUUAUUCCUUUCUCUCUUAGAAUAAUCCUUCGGAUCCAUUGCUGCUUGCAGUAGCAGCGGUGGAAAGGAAAGAAAGAAAAUCAAAGUCGCCGGCCAGUGUAGUACUUGCUCAUUCUUCCCGGAGAGAGACAGAGCCAGGCCACCACGGCAGUAGCAACAGCAACCACCGCCGCAUUGAAUCCGUGAAAAGAAAGAUGGGCCCGGAAAUGAAGAGCCCGAGUGACUGCCCGCUCAAGGAAGGUGAGGUAAAAGGUGAGGUGAGUGAGGUCCACUGCUGCUUGUCUGCAAGCUCAUUAAAAAAGCCUGGAGUUCUUCGCAUUUUUGUGGUAGUAUGUUUGAUGUGAUUGGCGUGUUGUCGGUGAAUAAGUGCGUCCCGUUCCAGUCCAGAGAUGGAGAGAUCCAUUGUUUCGUUUCACGUGUUGGUUUGUCGCUGAAUUCGAUUCCUUUGCUUC